AUGAGGACCGUGGAUUUGUAUGACCCAUUCCAGAAAAAAAGAAGGAUGCAAUCAUCGGCGAUUGCUCAGCAUAAUCUACAUGUAUCUAGUGAGGAUGUAGUAUUUAGCAUCUUGGAGCCAGGGAGAGAGGAGCGCACUUACCACAACCCUUUCAUGGUUUGUUCAAGCAUGGGCGAAUAUCUAGAUGUCCUGUCAGCUCAUGAUGGGUGGAAAGACGGUAAAAGAUUGAAGACGGUGAACUUUGAAACGGCAGAUGACGGCCGGUCAUUGGACUUGGGAUUUCCUUCAUCUGAUUACGACCGGAUGACCAACAACCACAACCAACCACAAUCAGACAUGUUGGAUAUGCAAUUCCCCACCUUGUCUGAUGAUGACCGGUCAAAUGAAGAUGGGGCUCUUGAAAUGGGCUUCAACACACAUCUGGCAGAUGACUCGCUGGAUAAAGGGAAUAAUAUUCCACCAGAAAAAAAUCCUUUAGAGAUGGGUUUCGAGAUGGAUGUGGUGCAUGUUGAUCCGGAUCAGUCUUGUAAGCCUUCUUGA